CUCUCAUCCCUCUGGGCCGGGCUCGCCGCGGCAGCGUCUGGGAGACUGUUGGAGCGGAACUGCUGAGCAUAAGCAGGCAUUGUAUCUUCAGUUGCCAUCGAGUUUGAAUCAGAUUGGAAAAGUUGAACUUGAAGAAGCUUCCUAGCCUGCACUGAGGCAGUGAGAUACACAUAACUCAUAUAAUAAAAGACAUGGGCUUCAACGUCACAUUCCACCUUUCCUACAAAUUCCGAUUGCUGUUUCUUUUUACAUUUUGCCUGACGGUGGUCGGGUGGGCCACCAGUAAUUACUUUGGGGAUCCUGUUCGAGAGAUUCCUAAAGCAAAGAAUUUAAUAGUUUAUUUCAACAAGUCUGCAGUCUUGAAGAAGGAAGAAAUUGUGACUAAUACAGCAUCUGUGAGAAAAGCAGAGCUUGAAAACUGCCCUUAUUUGUCUCCAUACCUCAGAGGCCUGAACAAGCUCAACUUCAAACCAGAUCUCACUUUAGAAGAAGUACGGGCAGAAAAUCCCAAUGUAGAUGGGGGCCGGUAUCGCCCAGAGAAAUGCAAGGCUUUACAACGAGUCGCCAUCCUCAUUCCACACCGGAACCGAGAGAGACACCUGAUGUACCUGCUGGAACAUCUUCACCCCUUUUUGCAGAGGCAGCAGCUAGAGUACGGCAUCUACGUCAUCCACCAGGCUGGAAGUAAGAAGUUUAAUCGAGCCAAACUCCUGAAUGUGGGCUAUUUAGAAGCUCUCAAGGAGGAAAACUGGGAUUGCUUCAUUUUCCACGAUGUGGACUUGGUGCCUGAGAAUGACCUUAACCUUUACAAGUGUGAGGACCAGCCAAAGCACCUGGUGGUUGGCAGGAACAGCACUGGGUACAGGCUACGUUACAAAGGAUAUUUUGGGGGUGUUACUGCCUUAACUAGAGAGCAGUUUUCCAAGGUGAAUGGAUUCUCUAACAACUACUGGGGAUGGGGAGGAGAAGACGAUGACCUCAGACUCAGGGUUGAGCUCCAAAGAAUGAAAAUAUUGCGGCCGCUGCCUGAAGUGGGUAAAUACACAAUGAUCUUCCACACUCGAGACAGAGGCAAUGAGGUGAACGUAGACCGGAUGAAGCUCUUACAUGAGGUGGCACGAGUCUGGAAAACAGAUGGGUUGACUAGUUGUUCUUAUAAAUUACUGUCUGUGGAACACAAUCCUUUAUAUAUCAACAUUACAGUGGAUUUUUGGUCUGAUCCAUGACCCUGGAUAUUUUGGUGACAUUUGGAAGAACUGAAUUGAUUGCAGUAAUUUUGGCCUAGAGACUUUCCCUCAGUAGCACACAUUAAGAACUUGUUGCAGCUAAUUAUUGGGCUGAAUUUUUCCUUUUUUUAUUUUCUUAGUAGAGCUCCUGGUGAUAUGGAAUGUAAAACAAUGGUAACAAGACAGCUUUCUUAGUCGUUUGAUCAUGAGGUUUGAAUAUUGUAGUAUAGAUACUUGGAGGACUAAGUGUAAAAGGACUGCUCAAAGGACAUAAUGAAGGCUGCUUGAGAACUCUGGUUGAAGGAUAUUUAUUUGAGUUUGAAGUGACACAUUAUGGGAUAAAAGGCCAUAGGAAAUAACACUGCUGAAUGUCUCGGAGAAUCAGAAUUGUUCUUGUCCAAGAUAGAAUGGUACGAAGAUGUAUUUCUGUUACUCAUUGAUCCUGCAUGGUCAUUUGUGAAGAGGUGGGUCCCAAGUGAGAAGAAGCCCAUGAACAUAAAAGAGGGGAGUAAAGGUGGAGACUCAAGAUCCCGUGAACAUGGGAGAGAAGUGGCAGGAGGACAGAAGGUCAGAUGACGAGGUGGCUGCAGUGGUGCUGCUGCUGCUGCUGCUUUGCAGUGGAUGCCGCCUGCCCAGAUACUCCUCCCAGUAACAGCCCAGCAGAGGACACAUUAUCUACUAGUUUUUUAAGCACUUUUGUAAAACGAUUUUGUACAUGUAGGAUAUGAAUGAACAGUUUACAAAUUAACUAAUAAUACAUCUGGAGUACCUCUGUAGUAAAAUACAAAAAAGCU